AUGGAACGUGACCAUCUCGUUGCUUCACUAUACUCUCGUUUGGUGCAAAUGGUAAUCCGACGAACGAACGCUUUGUUUGAGCUUGGCUCUUCAAACGAUUCCGAGGACGGGAGCGUGAAUGAUGAUUCGGGAAUCGGAAGUGUAAUCGAGAUCGGUUCGAGUAAAAUCGACAUCAUCGACAUUGCUGGUUUGACUGGAGUGAAUCAACGAGGCACCCGAUCACUGCACGAACUCUGUGCGAAUAUGGCCGCUGAAAAAACAAGGCAUUUCUUCAUGCGAUUCGGCUUCUUCAACAUCGUCGAUCAAGCUUGUGACAACUCGAGGGGAUCAAUGCAAAAUGUUCUCGAAAUGGUUCAUCAGAGGAAACACGAGUUCACAUUCGUUCACGUUUCUCCAGAAGAAAUCCUUGUUCGACAUUAUGAAGGACGAGUUCCAAUCUCGUACAAUAUCACGAAAAUUGUGGAAAAUAAUCGGAAUACUAUCAGAAAAGAAAUGGUCUCUCUAUUUGACUCAAAAUCGUGCUCCUUUAAAUUCGCCGUCACACUCUUUACGUCCGAUCUGAACGCGAUGGCGCAAAGUGAUCAGUACUCCCCAAAAGUGAUCAAAUGUCCGGUGGUGGACGCAAAUCAAACGUUUUCGCAGCAAUUCUUGAACAAGGUUGACACUUUGUUGAAGAAAUGUGCCACGAGGCCUCAUCAGAUUGUCCAUUGUAUGAAAACAAACAACAAUCAAGAAUUUGCUAAAUUCAACCUUGACACAGUUCGAGCUCAAAUCAAGCAAUGGCAUCUAGCCAAAGCGAUUGCCAAUGAAGAAAUCGAUAAGAAAGAACCAAAAGGACUUGAGAAAAAGAGCGAAAUGAUCAGAAAAUUGCCACCUGAUCGAAGUUAUGCGAUACGAAACGGUCGAAAGCAUCACUUCCCACAAAGGCGACAAAUGGUUGUCGAUUAUCAGGAUAUGCUAUCUGGAGUGUCAUUGAGGGCUGGCGACAUUGUCAAGGCCUUGUCCUUUCACUCCGAUGAUGCCUAUUUGAUCACAACGGCGAACGAUGCACGAGCCUCGGUGCCUUGCCGUUUCACCGAAAAAUCCCCUCCACCAGCCACCGUUUUCAACGUC